CCACGAAGAAGCCCAAAUUCCGGUGAAAAUGGAGAAGACGACAACCGGCGACGGUGUAGGCGGAAUAUUCUCCAGUGAAAAAAUGCCGGAAUCCGUUGCGGUUUCUGCCUGUGCUGAAAAAUCCGCAAGGGAUCAUUUCUACGAGAAGCUUGGCAAAUUAAACGAGCUUUCAGGGCUCAGCUUCGUCUUUAAUUUCCGCGAAACAACGUUGGAUUUGCACAAUCUGUAUCGAGAAGUAAUCCAGAGAGGGGGAUUUUAUCAGGUUACUAAAUUUCGGAAAUGGGAUGACGUUGCAUCGGCUAAACACUUGAAAAAAAGCCCGGGAAAUAUACGAGCAGCUCAACUUCAGAGCAUUUACGAAACACUCCUUCUCCAAUACGAACUAAUGUAUUGUCGUCGCGAGAUUCGUAAAGAAGCAAACAUAUGGCCCGAAAAAAGCUCUCUAGGUUUUCGGUCGAGCAUCAGCCCCGGCAACUCAAGUGGUAAGCGCAAGUAUUGCGAAGUUCAAUCUGACGAUGGAAAUCCCGAGCCAAUUUCAGAUGCAGGACACAACAUAAUGCAGAAAAAUCCGACGACUAUAGUGUCGUCGAGCUCCAGCAUUGAAGAAUUCAUAGAGGCCGAUGCCCCAGUGAAGCCGAGGUCCGGAUACCAAAUCUUUCUUAAGCUUGAAACGAAAAGAUUAAAAACAAUCCAUGGCGAGACUUCCAGCAGCCACAAUCUUCGCGAAAUGGCGAUACAAUCUUGGAGGUCUCUUAGUGUGAACGACAAACAGCCGUAUAUAGAGGCGAGCAAGAUGGACCGGGAGCGUUACAAAAAGGAAAUGGCUGUAUACGAACAGCGACAAAGCCAAAGUUACGGUAGUGAAUCGAUUCCGAGGAUGAUAAGCUUCUCGACGCCGGGAGAAACUGAUGACGUCUAUCACGUCGCCUUAGAACCAGAUUCCGAUAAUAUGUUGUCGCCUGAUGAGUCGAUUGUUGAACUGGCGGUCGAUAUCAUGAAGAACAAUGAAUCGAAUGACUCGAUGUUUGAAAUCGACUGGGACUACGGCUCCUUGAUCUGACUUUUUCGACGUAUUCUCGCCGCCGGCCGGAGGUAAGUUUAAGUUCUCCCAUUAAAGCUUGUUUUUUGAACCUUAUGGAAAAAACACAUUGUCUAGUUUGGCCAUUUUGUCCCGUAGUCAUAGUAGAAUCAGACAACGGCCGAUGUAUGUUAUGAAUUGUCGUAUAAAAUGCUUAAUGAU